AUGCAUCACACGGGGAUGCCCAAUACCCCGCCUCGCGCUUCACAGCCCCGUUACAACUGGUUGGCGGAUAACAGAGCCUUGACGCAGGUGCUCACGCACUCAGAUAAUAUGGGUCGAUUACCCGUUGACAUUGUUAGGGAUGCCGUUUGCGGUGGCGUUGUAUGCGCCUUCACGGACGAAAAAAACCGAUACGAUGAUCAGGUAUUUCUUCCGUCGUCGUGUGAUCUUACGGCACUUGCCUUUCUUAUAUCAGAGGGUUUCUUCGCACCAUUUCUCCACCGUACUGUGGGGGAUUGGUUUCAGCAAUACACAAUACUGACGGAAUCGGGAUUUUUUGAACCACUUUCAAUUCCUGUGCUUCUUUUCCCCGAUUGUUUUUAUGACGCCUCGUUCAUUGACACAUCAUUGCCGAGAGUUUUGUCUCCUACGCCCAGCACAAAUGGUAGCAUUUCGAGCAUGCCAAGUGAUUCAAUUUCAUCGACAGCAGCUGAUGUGUUGCACCUCCACAAUCUGCGGUUGCAGGUGGGUGUUCUUCUUCUUAAAAGUAUCAAUGAGGUCCUACGAGAUGCGGAAGUUUGGAAACUGAAGGCCAAUAGACAAAAAAGAGGGCAAACCCCUCCUUCCGAUGUGGUCGUUGCCAACGCUGUCAUCGCACUCUUUUAUGAAGUGAAGAUGCUGUUACUCUGCUGUAUUAUUAGCACAGAACAGGCUUACCCAAAGGAUGGCAGUCAUGAAGAAACCCCUUUUAAGUCUGCGAGGAGCUACUUUGAAAGUAUAUUUAGCACAAAGGAGUUACGUAGAAUUUUUGAGGAGCGUAGCAGACCGGGGGCGGAAGAAGUGAUGAGGUGGUUUGAUUCCACCUUGGGUGCGUUAACAUCGACAGUAUCGGGAUUAUUUUCCAGUUUGCAAGAACGACUGCAGGAAUUGCUGAAUGAUGUGUCAGUUGACGGCCGCAGGGUAACAGGAACUCCUGUACAAAUUCUUCACCGUCCUCACGACUCCACGAGCACUAAUGUGCUACAACUUCCUUUUGUUCAAUCAAAACUCCCUCACCUCCCUCUCCAAACAGGUGAGUUGGCGACACUUCUUUCGCCAAACCCCGGAGAGAUGCUGCUGUGUGAUUCAGUUCCAUCCCCACUCUCACUGUUGCUACGGCGUUGUGCCACGGUUAAGAUGUCUGCCCUGGAACUUCGAGACGGGGUGGAGCAACUCGCAAUGAAUCCGUGGUGGGCUCUUCAUUAUGCAGCUUCGCAAACCGUCCAGCGCCAGCUAUCCGAUACUCAGUUUAUUCGUUCGGCUGUGGGGAAGAAUUCUUGCUUCCUGAUCGAGAUAGUGCGGUGGUUGCGGGAUGUACCUUCUGAUGAGGCAAAGGAUGUAGCAAAGGAGAGAGGCAGCGCUUGUAGCAAUUCCGAGGGCACGAAGCAACAAAAUGGAAGAACAAAUGGGGAAAGUAAUAGGGAGCAGCGGCUUUUGUUGGGGUUGUCUACUUCAAAUGAAAUUAUCGACCACGUUGUUCACGAUCUCCCCUUUGGCACCGCCGUUGCACAAUUAAUACGUGAACUCGUUGGCAGUAACUUGUUCACAGAGGAACAGUUGCACAGGUGGAUCGGGCGCUCACUUAAAGAUGUAGAGAGUAAACCACCUGCAACAAUCGGAUGUUUUGCGGCACUUCUUGUUUUCGUUCUUCUUCACAGUAGGUGGGAACUCCCAGCAGAUAUACGAGAGAUGACAGUCCAACUCUGCUCGCAGAACAAACAGCAGCAGGACUGUGUUCAACUGAUUAACAUUUUGCAGCGGGGCGCUUAG